UAGGUUCAGCACUCUUGUUGAAUGUCUUCAGAAGUCUUGCUGAACUCAUCUGAAGUGUUGGUUUGUAUAUUUCUCUUGUAAAUAAUGUUAGUUUGUCUCACAGCAACAGAAUGUAGAGAAGUGAUGACGCUAAAAAGUCAUGUGGUUAUUCAAGUGGUGUAAUGUGUCUUGCUACGUAGCUAUGAGCUUGCUACUCUACAGCAUAGUUCUCUUCAUCUCGGGAUGCUAUUUGUUCUUUUGGCUGCACACAAAAAUCAAUCGCCACUACCUCAAGCUAGUGACACAAAAAGCUAUGGACGAAGCAAGGGACAUAGCCAUCCUGUCGCAGCAGACGGACUCCUGGGUCCAGCCUCCAAUCCCCGAGAACGAGAGCCUCAAUACACACAGCUUGGUCAGUGGUCAGUUGGACAGCCAGUGCGACACUAUGGAGGCUGAGCCUUCGUACAACGGUACCUGGAGCUGCGGGGAUUCCGUCCCAGCCAUCAACAGAGACAUCACUUCGUUAGUCCAUUGACCGCGUGUAACUGGUACAUUCAGUAGAUACUCAUUAAAACGUGUACAUUGAAAGGAUGAUAGUGAGUUACCUGUCAAUUAACAUCUGUGUUUUGAAAUGGGCAUUAAUUAACAUAAUCUAGGUCUUCCUAAUACUCUCAUUUAUAUAUAUAUAUAUAUAUAUAUAUAUAUAUAUAUAUAUAUAUAUAUAUAUAUAUAUAUAUAUAUAUAUAUAUAUAUAUAUAUUCUUUGUUGUUGUUUUUUAAUAUAAAGCUUGCAUAUUAUAUUUAAGUAAAAAAUGUUUGCAUACUGGUCAUCCAGUACAAUCCCAAACCUAGUUCCAAUAAACGACCUGACGAUUAGAACAAUGAUCUAAACUUCGAAUUUUUUGUACAUUUAAACAUAUUUAGUAAAUUCUGUGUUUAUACAUAAAUAAAUAGACUUGAGAGAAGGUUAUUAAA